CCAAAUGUGAACAUCACAAGUGUACACUGAGGGAGUGGUGAGCCUGCGUCAUACCUUCAACUUUCCUUCUCACUCUUCUAAUCUCGUUUUAGCCUAGUAAAUAGUUUAUUGUCCGUUGACUAAGUGGGAAAAUCCAAUGGGAAAUGUGCUACCGCAAAGCGGAAUUUUUUGAUCAUACACACACCGCGGAUUAUUUGACAGGGAACAGGGAUUAUUCAACAGGGAGAGCAGCCGAGGAAGAUUUAUAGAAGAAUUUCAUGGAUAUUUUAUUUUAGCAAAAAACUUUUUUUUCCUCUCACCGGAAUAUCAUCCACAGGCUGUCCAUCUUCCUAGAGAAGGGAGCGCUUGGUGUCCGUGUUUCCGCGGUAUGUCUGAGGACUCGAGGCGAUCCUUCACUCACGAGACGAGACGAGAUGAGACAGCAGGUGCUCGCGCUCAGCGCGCUCGUGUUUCUCUGUGCACCUCAGCCUGUAACUACACAAACACAAGAAGUUUGCACAGGCACCAAGAAUGCUCUCAGCUCCACAGGCACGCCUGCACAACACUACAACAACCUAAAGGAGCGCUACACCGGAUGUGAGAUCGUCAUGGGCAACCUUGAGAUCACACAGAUGGAGAGUGACCUCGACUUCUCCUUUCUUGGAAGUAUCCGAGAGGUCACAGGCUACAUCCUCAUUGCUAUGAACCAGUUCAGCAGGUUGCCGCUGGACCAACUAAGAGUGAUUCGUGGUAGCAGCCUGUAUGAGAAGGAAUGGGCCCUUUCUGUCUUCCAUAAUUUUGAGAGUCACGGUGGCCUGGAAGAUCUGGGCCUCACCAACCUCACAGAGAUCUUGGAAGGAGGAGUACAGAUUGUCCAUAACAGGAAUCUCAGUUAUGCUCCAUGGAUCAACUGGCGGGACAUUGUAAGAGACAGUGAUGCUUGCAUCCAGAUCCAGAACAACGGAAGAAGAGGAUCCUGUGAGUCUGCAUGCGGAGAGUUCUGCUGGGGUCCACGUAAAGAUCAGUGCCAGAAAUUGACAAAAACAGUGUGUGCGCCUCAGUGUCAUGGCCACUGUUUUGGGACCAACCCUAAUGAGUGCUGCCACACAGAGUGUGCUGGAGGCUGCAUUGGACCAAGAGACACAGACUGCUUUGCCUGUCGACAUGUCAAUCACUCAGGCGCCUGCGUCCCUCACUGCCCUUGGCCUCUGGUGUACAACCGACAGACCUUUCAGCUGGAGCCCAACUCUGAAGCCAUGUAUCAGUACGGUUCCAUCUGCGUACCCAAAUGUCCUGGUCACUUUAUUGUGGAUGGCAGUGCAUGUGUGAGCAGUUGCCCUCCUGGUAAAAGAGAAAAAAAGAAAAAUGGCAUUAAGCAGUGUGAACCUUGCAUUGGCCUGUGCCCCAAAGUAUGUGAGGGAACGGGAGCCAAUCAUAGACAGACAGUGGACUCCAGUAACAUAGACAGCUUUAUCAACUGUACCAAGAUCCAAGGAAGUCUACAUUUUCUGAUCUUAGGUAUCAAAGGAGACGUCUAUCAUAGCAUACCACCUCUGGAGCCUGAAAAACUCAAUGUGUUUAACACUGUCAGAGAAAUUACUGGAAUUUUGAACAUUCAGUCUUGGCCUGAUGAACUCAGCGAUCUGUCUGUUUUCUCCAGUCUCACUACCAUUCAGGGAAGAUCUCUACUCAAUGUUUUAAUGCUUUUUAAUCCUGCAGUGAUUAACAUUGUGUGUGCGUCUCACCAUUGUUUUUUUUGUGUUCCCUGUGUUUUGUAUGUUACUCCCUUCAUGUGCUUAUGUCUGUCCCACAGCCGCAAGAGGCCCUUCUCUUUGUUGGUGAUGAAGAUUCCCUCUCUCACGUCUCUAGGACUGCGUUCUUUGCGUGAAAUCAGUGAUGGCAGUGUGUACAUCACUCAAAAUAAAAACCUGUGUUAUCAUCACACCGUUAACUGGACCCAGAUUGUCACCAGUAACUGUGAUAAUGACAUCAAGGACAACAAACCCCAGAUUAAGUGUGAGGAAGAGGGCCAUGUGUGUGACCCACUGUGCUCAGACGCAGGAUGUUGGGGCCCGGGGCCGGAGCAGUGUUUGUUGUGCAGGAACCACAGUCGGCAUGGCACCUGUGUAUCCCACUGCAACCUCUACUCUGGAGAGCCACGGGAGUUUGCAGCAUCAAAUGGAGAGUGCCUUGCUUGUCACCCUGAGUGUUUACCCCAAAAUGGAAAACAGACAUGCAAAGGAAAAGGUGCUGAUCAGUGUGUAGCAUGUUCGAACCUGAUGGAUGGCCCUCACUGUGUUUCUACUUGUCCUAAUGGAGUGAACGGGGAAAAGGGUCAGACCAUUUUUAAAUAUCCAAAUGCAGAAGGUCAUUGUGAGCCCUGUCACCUCAACUGCACAAGAGGAUGCACAGGCUCUGCACUCACAAACUGUAUAGAGCUCGACAGACUUGUGAACAGUUCUCAGAUCGCAGGUAUAUCAGUUGCUGUGUUUGCUGGUAUCAUCGUGUUCCUGGCACUGUUUGUGCUUGGUUUGCUGUAUCACAGAGGCCUGGCCAUCCGCCGCAAAAGAGCACUGAGAAGGUACCUGGAGAGUGGUGAGAGCAUGGAGCCGCUGGAUCCAGGAGAGAAGGGGACAAAAGUGCAUGCUCGCAUCCUAAAACCACAAGAGCUGCGAAAGGGCAAACUUCUGGGCUACGGAGUCUUUGGCAUUGUGAAUAAGGGCUUUUGGAUUCCUGAAAGAGACUCUGUAAAGAUCCCUGUGGCAAUAAAGACCAUCCAGGACCGCAGUGGCCAGCAGACCUUCACAGAGAUUACUGAUCACAUGCUGGCGAUGGGAAGCCUGGAUCACCCGUAUAUAGUGCGUCUCCUUGGGAUCUGUCUGGGAACAAGUCUGCAGCUAGUCACCCAACUCAGUCCUCACGGAUCCUUACUGCAACACCUUCGCCAACACAAAGACCGCCUGGAUCCCCAGCGUCUGCUCAACUGGUGUGUGCAGAUUGCAAAGGGAAUGUAUUAUCUUGAGGAGCACUGCAUAGCCCAUAGGAACCUCGCUGCACGCAACGUGCUGCUCAAGAGUGACUACAUAGUACAGAUCUCAGACUUCGGGGUGGUAGACCUGCUGUAUCCAGAUGAUAAGAAAUAUGUGUACAGUGAACACAAGAUGCCAAUAAAAUGGAUGGCAUUAGAGAGCAUCCUCUUCAGAAGAUACACUCAUCAGAGUGAUGUGUGGAGCUAUGGGGUGACUGUAUGGGAGAUGAUGUCAGAUGGAGCCGAGCCAUAUGCAUCCAUGCAUCCUCAUGAUGUGCCAGGUCUACUGGAGAAAGGAGAGCGACUGGCUCAACCACAGAUCUGCACCAUAGAUGUCUACAUGGUCAUGGUCAAGUGCUGGAUGAUUGAUGAGAAUGUAAGGCCUACAUUUAAAGAGCUCGCCAGUGAAUUUACGAGAAUGGCAAGGGAUCCGCCACGAUACCUUGUGGUGAAACCUCCUCAGAAUUGCGUUGGUGCAGAUGAAAGCCACCAACGAUAUGUUAAAAGCUCUCAUUUAGAGGCAAACUUGGAGGAGGAUUAUGAUGCUGAUGAGGUAUUGCAUGAUGGGUUUGCUACUCCUCCCCUCCAGCUGUCACCAACUAGAAGUCAUUCUCGCCUCCGUAUGGCCUCCUACAAGGGCACCACAGAACACACAACACCGAUAGGCUAUCUCCCCAUGACCCCAGGAGAAGACCAUAGACAGAUGAGAGCCCAGAGGAGAAAGACGGGCUCAGUGAGGACAGAGUCAGAGUGCUCAGAGGGCAGAGGAACCAUGGUGGACAUUGAAAUGGCUUCUCAAACAGGUAGCCUACGCAGAGGCCGCAGCCGUAUGGACAGCGCCUACAUGUCCACCGGUGAGUCUGUGGCCUCAGAUCCGUUUUCUUCAGGUCUGGAAGGUGUAGACGAGGACCAUUAUGGAUACGUGUUGCCCACAGAAAGAGGUUCCAGAAGCACUUUUCCUCAUGGUAGGGCAUCCAGAAACUCCAAGAGUGCUCUUCCGCCACCAAAAACAGAUGUACAAGAGUAUGAGCUAAUGAAAAAACAGCCCCCUCGGCUUUCUACUUCACCCACAGACAGCACUGAUGGUUCAUCAGCAAUGUGCAACCCAUCCUCCUCUGCUUCUCCCUACACAUGCAGCCUUUUACCACAGAAGAGAGACACUGACUCAACACAAACCGAACAGUCAGAUAAGGGUGCCAGUCCGCCUGAAGGGGACAUUGUGGAGUCUGCUGCUGCUGCUUGUGAAUACAGUCUGGUUGGAACAGUAACAUGUACUGACCAGAACCAGUCUGAGAGCAGCCCUGUAGAGGAAGAGCCACCAACAGAGCCACAGCCACAAGAAGCGGUGGUCGAUUAUGAAUACAUGGACAUACGGACAGACAUAACCCAGCAAAACUGUCCCGCGAGCAGUCCAGAUGAAGUGGAGAGUGACAGCAGAGAAGCGAUUUACCAAAAUGUAAGUGCAAGACAUAAGGAGAACGAGGAUUCUGAUCUCACUACACGGCGCAGUGAAUAUGUGGACAUGGAGGCUUCUGGAAGAACUGGCUCUGAGGACAGAGAUCAGGUUGAUUAUCAGAACUUUCCGGUAGAGGGAAGACCCGUUAUGGGAGAGGAGCCACAAAAGACUGGUCUCAGAUCUUACAUAAAAGUGUGUGCUGGAGUGGAGGCACAAAACACUUCAUUUGACAACCCAGACUACUGGCACAGCAGACUGUUCCACAAGAAGGAUGCCGUUUGCACAUAAUUAUUGACUUCAACUGACUUAACAUAAAUAAUGUGAUGGAUCAGUGGUGGAAACAGAAUGGACUGGCAGUUUCUAAGGACGUAUAUCUACCAUGUGUUCAGUAUUUGAACAUAAAUUUAUGCUAAGGUGCCAACAAAAUAAUAUACUUUAUUAUAGUAUAAAAUCACUUGUAUUGUUGAAGAUUGGCCUACCUCCACUUGUGUGUCUCUGAUGUGCAACUCCUGUGGUUUUGUAUAGAUUUAUGCUUGUUUUUUAAGACGAUGAUUUUUGUGUACUCAAUGAGGAACAAGUUUUUUUGGAAAAAAAAACAAAACAAUUAUUGUAUAUUGAUUUUUCUCUGUUAGUAAAAGUAAUCUUUCAAGUU